UAUCUGUGGUUAAGCAUUAGCGCCAGCGGCGUGUGCAUGUGACAGCAAAUUAUUUUAUUCAAAUUUUAAAAACUUGUUUUAAAUAUAAUUGAAAGUGCCUAAUAAUGGAGUUCUUAGAGUAUAAUAAUGUCUCGGCUGAGAUCAAAGGUGCCAUGGUGCCAGGCAAGAUAAAAAUGACAGACCAGAACAUAAUAUUCAAAAACAACAAGACUGGUAAAGUUGAACAGAUUUCAGCCAAUGAUAUUGAGCUUGUAAAUUUCCAAAAGUUCAUUGGAUCUUGGGGCUUAAGGGUGUUUAUGAAAAAUGGCACUCUCCAUAGAUAUGGUGGAUUUAAAGACGGUGAACAAGAAAAAGUUGCAAAAUUCUUCAAAAGCAACUACAACAAGGAUAUGUUAGAAAAGGAGCUAUCUUUGAAAGGCUGGAACUGGGGGACGGCUAAGUUUAACGGAGCAGUACUUAGUUAUAAUGUAGGCACAAACACAGCUUUCGAGAUACCUUUACAUUAUGUGUCUCAGUGCAAUACUGGAAAAAAUGAAGUCACACUAGAGUUUCAUCAGAAUGAUGACACACCUGUAUCACUGAUGGAGAUGCGGUUUCACAUACCAACAAAUGAGUUGGCAGGUGACCUUGACGCGGUAGAUGCUUUCCACCAGCAGGUCAUGAACAAGGCGAGCGUCAUCUCGGUAUCUGGAGAUGCUAUUGCUAUCUUCAGGGAGCUCCAAUGUCUUACUCCUCGUGGUCGCUACGACAUCAAAGUAUUCCAGACUUUCUUCCAACUCCACGGUAAAACAUUUGAUUACAAGAUACCAAUGUCAACUGUAUUACGAUUGUUUCUUCUACCGCACAAAGAUACCCGGCAAAUGUUCUUUGUUGUGUCACUUGACCCGCCGAUCAAACAAGGCCAAACCAGAUACCACUAUUUGGUACUCUUGUUUGGUAUUGAGGAGGAAACUAGUUUGGAACUGCCAUUCACAGAGGAAGAACUGAAAGAGAAAUACGAAGAUAAAAUAACAAAAGAGCUAUCCGGACCGACCUAUGAAGUGCUAGCCAAAAUAAUGAAGGUAAUCAUUAACAGGAGAGUAACUGGACCUGGAAACUUUUUGGGACAUCACAAGACACCGGCGAUCGCGUGUUCGUACAAAGCGGCAGCUGGUUAUUUGUACCCUCUGGAGAAAGGCUUCAUCUAUGUACACAAACCGCCUGUUCACAUUCGCUUUGAGGAAAUAGCUUCCGUCAACUUCGCUCGAGGCGGAGCUUCGUCUACCAAGUCUUUCGACUUCGAAAUAGAGCUAAAGCAAGGCAGCGUACACACAUUCAGCAGCAUAGAGAAGGGAGAAUACGACAAGCUGUUCGACUACAUCACGUCCAAGAAGUUGCAUGUCAAGAAUACAGGCAAAAAUGACAAAGCGUUAUAUGACGAUGACUUCGGAGAUUCCGACACUGAGAAGGAACCGGACGCAUACUUGGAGCGGGUGAAGGCCGAAGCAAAGGAGCGGGAAUCUGAUGACAGCGACAGCGAGAGCACCGAUGAAGACUUCAACCCUGACAAGGCCAAAGAGAGCGACGUCGCUGAAGAGUAUGACACCAACCCAUCUUCCUCUGAAGACUCCGACGCGUCAGCUGCUUCGGGCGAUAGCAAGAAAGAGAAGAAGAAAGAAAAGAAGCCGAAAAAGACCAUCACUAUUUCAGAAGCUCCGCGCAAACGCAAAGACAAGUCGAAGAAACGCGAGAAAGACGUCAACGCGCCCAAACGGCCGGCCACCGCGUUCAUGUUGUGGCUGAACGAGAACCGCAAGAAUAUCAUCGAAGAGAACCCCGGCCUCAAGGUCACCGAAGUCGCCAAGAAGGGCGGCGAGCUGUGGCGAGACCUCAAGGACAAACCUGACUGGGAAGAGAAAGCCGGCAAAGCGAAAGAGGAGUACAACCAAGCCAUGAAGAAAUACCAAGAGAGUGGUGCGGCAGACGAGUUCAAACAGAAGAAGAAGCAAGCGGACAAGGAGCGUAAAGCCGCGGAUAAGAAGAGCAAGGCCCCGGCGCCGGCGAGUAAGAAAGCGAAAAACACCAGCGCUGGUUCCGGCUCUGGGAAGUUCACCAGCAAAGAGUACAUUGAAGACGACAGCUCUUCCGACUCCGAUGAAGAUAAGAAAAACAAGAAGGACAAAAAAGACAGAAAGGAAAAGAAGGAGAGUAAAGAUAGUAAAGAAUCAAAGAAGGCGAAAUCAUCGUCAGAGGCGGAAGCUUCUUCAGAUGUCGGCGACGAAAGUGGCAGUGGGAGCGAUUAGCGUGUUUUUAUUGUGUAUUAAUAUUAUAUAAAAUAAAAUGUUUAGGAAUAAAAUCUCGUGAUAUUAUGUUAGAAUUAAGUUACUUAAAUUAAAGUUAAUUAAAUAAUAAGGAUUUAAUAAAAAUAAAAUGGUUAAAUGUU